AUGCUCCUCCAGGUCCUGGUGCGCUUGCGCUGCGCUCGCGCUGCCGCGUGCACAGGGCUGGUCUCGCGCCGGUGGCGCGGCCUCUGGGCUCGUCUCCCCGGCCUGACCUUCCGUGACAUCCCGGUGAGCAAGAUCAAAUCGGCACUGGAAAGCGUCGCUCGCGGCACCAGCGUGUCCCUCCUCGAAAUCCGGCCAUCGAGGAGCAUGUCGUCACUGGCGGCGGAGGCCAAGGUCGAGGACGCCCGUGCAAAGUCAUUGCUGCUCUCCGCCACGAGGUUCUCGCCGGAGGAGAUGGUCUUCAUCCUCCCGCGGUGUCCUAAGAUUGGCCGUGCCAUCACCAUCGCACUGCCUUGCUUCGGUCGUGCCACUUCCAUUGAGCUGGAUACGUGUUCCCAUCGCAUCACGCCGCCGGUGGGUGAGCUCCCGGUGCUUGAGAUGCUGUCCAUCUCCGGGAACAUUGCCAAGGUCGAUUCCUUGCUCAAGUGCUGCCCGCGGCUGCGCGUGCUCGGGAUCACCUUCCGAGGUGCCAAGCCAGACUGUCUUGUGGCGGAGCUCUCCACACUCGAGGCGGCAGCAGUGCUAGGCCUCACGGUGUCCCGCCUAGGCAUCGAAUUUGAGGGGAGGCAUAGGGUGGUCGACGGCCCUCGCUUUGAUUACCUUCUCCGUGCCGCGGCUAGGCUCGCUCCUCAUGAGCUCCUCUUCACUAGCCACUUCAUAAGAUCUGUUGAUGCCGACCUGGUAUGCUUCAACCGCACCACGUCGAUCGAGAUGAACUUGUACACCAUUCGAUUCACACAGCUGCAAGCCGGCGAGUUCUCAGCGCUUGAGAGGCUAGUCCUUAAUGGUUGCACCAUCACUGAUCUUGUCACAAUGAUCAUCCGUUGUCCGCGCCUGCGCGUGCUCAAAGUGACUGCAGAUAUGUCUGCACGUGACGUCACCGUCCACUCGGCGUCGCUCGAGGAGCUUGAGCUUGAUGUCCAAAUAGACACGGAAUGUCAGAGCAUUCAGGUUGUGACUCCACUACUUAAGCAAUUGAAGCUCAAGGUCCAUGGCAGGACGAACUUCCAUGUUUCCAUCUUAGCGCCAGUGGUGGAGAAGUCGGCAAGAUUUGCGUAG